AUGAUAGAGAAGCUUCUCGAAGCUGGCAUGAAUGUUGCCCGAUUCGAUUUAUCUGAGGGGUCUCACGCAUACCAUCAAGAAACUCUCAUUAAUCUCAGAACAGCCAUACACAAUACUGGUAUUCUUUGCGCCGUCAUGCUCGACACUAAGGGUCCUGAGAUACGAACUGGAACUGGAGAAGGAGAGAUUGAUAAUCUCCGUGGGGCUGUUCCCACCACCCUUACACAGAAAGAUAAAAAUGAUAUUCUUCAAUGGGGAAUUCCGAAUAAGAUCAAUAUCCUUACUCUUUCCUCUGUUCGUAAAGGAUCUGAUCUAGACGAGGUCAGAGGAUUUCUCGGAGAGCACGUACACACCAUCAUGCUUAUGUCAAAGAAGCAGCAUCUAAUGUAG